UCCACGAAGUGAUAGGCCAGUGAGUGUUUCACACAAGAGAUGUUUCACAUUUUGUGCCCCAUUUGAACGGAUAGUACCUGUCAAAGUUGGGUGAAUGUAAAUUGUCUUAAAAAAUUCCUGUAUUUUUGAUUCACGAUUAUCGGAAAGUAGAGCUCAUUUUUCUCAGAGAAUUAAAAGAGGAUUUUUCUAAGAAUUUAACAGUUGGAGAGCUUACUCGAGAGCCAGUUUCAGUACUCAUUCUAGCGACGAAAACGUUCACCUCUACUUAGAAGGAGAAAUCACCUACGGAAAUUGUGAAUCCCAUCACAUGGAUAGUACAGAAAAAGCAAGAGAUCGGGAUGAAGAGAUGAGGAAAUACCAAAAAGUUCUGUGUAUCAAGUUUGCAGGUUUUUCCAUAAUUCAGAGUGGUUUCAAAAGUCGCGCACUGUGUUAUAGCAAGAAUUGUCCCACUUCAUCUGAUGAAGAAAACGGUCCGGUCACAAAAACUCAAGAGGGAAAAGAAAACAGUGAAGGCACCCAAGUCGACUCAAUAUUAGGCAAACUCAGCACUGUCCAUUCUCCGAUGCCAGUGAUUCCGAAGCGCGGAUGCAUGAAUUUUUCCAGUUAUAUCGUACUGAUAACAAAACUACAUGAUCUUCAAGAUAAAGGGAAUUUUGUGGCACAUGACCAAAUAAUACGAGAACAGUUAGAAAGAAAGUCGCCCGAAGAUGUUGACAUGGAAGUAAGUUUACAAAUUGAGCGCGCAAUGGCCUUUUAUUUCCAGAACAAUGUCAAAGAUGCCAAAAGAAUACUAAAAUUUGUACUGAAACUGGAGCCGCAGUUGAAAAACCCGGGGAUUCUAACUGGACGAGCCUUGAAUCUUUUGACAGCGGUGUACAAGCGUCAAAGCAAAUUUGGAAAUGCCAUGAGAUGCGUCCAAGAGGCACAAAUGGCUCUUGAACUUCAGGAUUCUCGUGAAGAUAAAGCGGAAUUGUAUCAUAGUUAUGGCGCACUGCUUAACUCUUUACCUCCUGCGAAUAUAUCUCGGGACACUCGAAAAACUAAAGCUUACAAAUCUUAUGAGCUAGCAUGUCAGUACACCGUAAACAACCGAGAAUACAUUAACGUCAAAAUGGCAGCUCUGCUCCUAAAGUCCUGCUCUCAGGCAGCGAACAACAACGCCCACAUCUGUAAGGAGGACGUUAUGAAAGCAAAAAGGCACCUUGAUUUAAUUGAAGUUAGAACGGCUGAUGGCAACAUGGCGUUAGGGACACAAAUUAAGCAUCUUCUUUUGCGGUCUGAUCAGUACUGCUUUGAACAAAACAUUGCUAUGGCCAUUGAAAAGGCUGAAGAAGCGAGGGAACUUAUCCACAGAUAUCGAUUUGAACUGGAACGUGAUUCUGCCGAGAAGCGCAUUAGCCGCUUGUCUGAUAUGCGAAGGCAAGAAAAAAGAGAAUGGGUUUGUAGCGAAUGGUGUUCAAGUAGUGAAUAUCAACCUGAUAGCGAGGGUGACAGCUCAUGUCUGGAGUAAUAAACACCAGCAAUGUCGAGACCACUGCUGAGAGAGCGCGGGAAUCAGUUUGGCUACCGGUUGUAGUUUUUGCUUUCAUUGAUUUUUCACUAGUUUUUUAAUUCACUUUAAUUCACUUUAAUUCUUAAUUGAUGAUAUUUUUCUAUCACUAUCAUUGUAAAGCGCCGCUGGAUCUUUGAGAAACGUUGCGUUAUAUAAGCUCUGUAUCGUAUUUUAUUGUAUUGUAUUGUAUUGUAUUGUAUUGUAUUGUAUUGUACCGGUUAAUUUCUCUCUGUUACCGUGAACAGAAGUGUUAAAAAUGAUCAUUUGAAAGGUUAUUGAUCAAAUUUAAUUGUUCCAGAUGAUUUAUGGGCUAAAGUUAAAAAUAAUAGAGAAAAGAAACAUGGCGAAUUAUAGUACAGACGAACCUCCGGAAGAAAAAAUCAUUUUCUUGAAAAAUGCGUUAGAACCAAAAUAUCAAACUACUGCUCAGUUGCUGGGAGAGCAUGCGAAACUCUCCUCAAGCCGACGAAAACGCUUUUGUCACAAUAUCGGUCAGGAAUCACAUCACAUGCCUUAUCCUCUUCGGGCGAACAAUGAUGAAGGGAUCAUAUCUUUGAAUCAGAACCGUCUCAAACAUGAACUCGUGAUAUAAAAAUAAUUCAGUUUCUAAUUGUUUUGGGAAAAUGUGUCUUGCAUCAGCAAACUAUCCGAGGAAUCCCCAGCGUCACUUUGACCGAAUAGAAUUAAAGUCACGCAACGAUCUGAGGGUAUACGCUAUUGUUUGAUUUUAAAACUACCAAAAAAAAAACAAAAAACAAAGAGAUAUAAAUGUAGAGGUUUCAUUGUUAUAAAUUACAAGAAAAGCAAAGUAAAUUCUUAAAUCCCCGGGUUAACCAAUAAAAAAAGUUCGAAAAAAGUCCCAUCGAAGCCAAUUGAACUCGUUCACGCAUCGUAGAUGCCAGGAAACUUUUCUGUCAUCUGUGAUGGUUGACAAACCUCCAGCCAGGAAAAAUGAGUUUGCAAAGGUUUAAUAGAGAAUGAUGAGGGUAGUACCGUUGAAAUCCCUGAAAUAGUCCGUUAAAAUAGAAAAAUGCGUUUUACUGUUUCAUUCUACAUGCAUCGAGUUACUUCUUGCGUGACUACUACGAAGGUAACCCAUCGAGUAACGUUUGGCAACUUUCCUAAAACGUCUGCCUUAAUGCAUUAAAACUGAUUUUAAAUCAAUUACAGUUUCACAAUGAACUCGUGAUAAAGUAGUGACGGAUUCCAUUUCAAAAUGACUGGUAGUAAUGAGUUUCGAAUCAUGCCUAAAACUUGGGGAAUCCCCUGGGUUACGCUUGUAUAGAAGUUGAUACGCACAUGGAAUACACUCAAAUAUAUAUCCCUUGUCAUUGAAAAACUCUUAUAAUUUAAAAAGACAUGAUUUUAAAAUUCAUAUCCAUGGAAUGUAUUUUUAAUUUAGGCGAGAGCUUUACUUGUUGUUCUUUUUAAUUCCGGGAUUUUCCCAGAAAUCAGGAAUCCAAAAUAAAUUCCGUCACAUGAGUGGUCAUAUGACUAGUUUCGGUGAAUGGGUGCGUAGUAAUUUCGUAAUACGAUAUACCUUCCUUCUUUUCCAUGAAACAUCGUGUAGCAUUACCGCGUUGUAUAAAGUUCCGUUACACGGGACAUUACAACAUCAAUGUAUAUGCAUCGGAGCAAGAAACCACAAGGAAAAUACUCAGUACAGCGCGUUAAGCAAGAUUUUCCAGCGGGUAGAUUUAUAAGGUGAGAAGACUGUACAGACGAAAGUCCAGAGAGGAUUUGAUUUAUCGGGAUCACAAUUAGUGCAACAUUUGAGUUUUGUGGAAUCGAGUCCUCCAUUGACAUGUUUUCUCUGCAAACUAUCCCAUAGCACUUCAUCUCAAGUGUAAUUUUUGUUUAAAAAUCCAGUCAAAGAUACGCUAAAAAUGAAAAGCACAUCCAUUGAAUCCGUGGUGAAUUACGAUGCAAUUUCGAUACUUGGCCUCGGCCGUCAAGCGCAUGCUAGUUUUCAUUCACCAUAAAUUCUUCUAAGUUUAAAUUUCCUUUUAUGAAAGAAAAGCUCAGUAUUUAUUAUAAGAGAAAGCCAAAAAGCAGAAGGAUUAUUCUCUGUUCUUUUAGAAUGACUAGUUCUGUAAUAAGUCCAAAAUAUGUUGUCAUGUUGUCGAGCAAGAGAAAGAAGCUGCUAUUUCGGUGUUCAAGUUCGAAUUAAUAUAAAUUCCAUAUGAAAUAUACACUAGCAGUAGGCUCUCUGUCAUCUAUGUUUGCAUUCACUUGUACUGACUUUAAAAGCAAACAUACGCUGUAGUGCAUUUGAAUACGGAAAUCCAAAAAGUCCGGAAUGAAGUGCCUACAAGGGAAAGAACCUUUUCCAUCUGGUAAAAACAGAGCAUCUUUUAAAAACAUAAUUGGUAUCAUAGAUAUCCUUGUUUUGUUUCAAUACAAAAAGUCGAAGGGGCUGUGUGUUAACUGAUAUCUGAAGAUGAUUAUUUAGUAUAUUAUCUGAAGCUGACCGAAAUACGUGCUUGGACACGCAGUAUUAAAUUAAAUUUUGUUUCCGGUUGUCACAAGGUCACUUUCCUGUCACGCUAUCGAGUCUUUUCGUGAGGCCGAUCCUCCGAAAAGCGACUGGUUAUUAAACGUAGUAGUGGAAAGAGUGGAAAGAGUUUUUGCGAUGUCCUUUAUUUUUUUUUUUCCGUUAAAAUUUUAACUCUUUCCCGCCAACAGAAGAAAAAAAAUUUUCCUCUUCAAUUUCAUAUUCAAAAUCAAAACGUCCUUUACUUGUUGAGAACGAUUGUGACUAGUCUACCACAAACUGCAAAGCGCAACAAAUUGCACAUUUAACCAGAGGAGCAAUGAGCUCUACUAUUGUUCUCCAUCAACCUACUAUUUAAUGAGCUCUACUAUAAUUGUUCUUCAUCAACCUACUAAAUUUAACCUUCUAAAGUUAACAAGGCCUCCUUUAUUUCCCACUGCGUAGUAAAAUUGCAUGUAUCACUCCAUCCUCUUCUAUACAGUAUAACUGGUACCACCCAUAAUUAUUAGCAGAGAUAAAGAGAAGUGUGUCAUCAACAGAUAGUAUCUUCAAGAAAGAGGUGUGACAAUGGGAAGUUGCUGCUGCACUGCACCGCAGCACCAACCUCCUGAACAUCAUCAAAAACCACUGGUACGAAUGUGUUCAUCUGGUAACCACUUUCCCAACUUUGCUGAUAUUGGAGAUAAAGUUGUCCUUUUUGUUGAUUUCGGUAAAAACUUUAAGCCACUCCCUCGCAUAAAUCAGUAUCGUUCUUUGGGUGGAGCUACUGCAGGAUUGGUGUGGCCUGAUAUGCGUCACCAUGGUGAGGAGGAUACACAGUAUGAGAUUAAGUUUGGUGGACUCCAAGCUUUCUUGAAAAGGAUAAAACCAAAAGAUGAAGAUUGUACAAGUUACCGGUCAGAAAUAAAACUUUUAAUGACAGAUGAAGUUCUGAAAGAGCCUGGUGGGUUGGUGAAAUUUAUUAUACCAUACUGCGACAGUGAGGGAAGACCUUUAGGCGAAGUUACUGAAAAAGAUCCUGAAUAUGAUGAAAGUCACAGAGUUUACAAUCAUGCAAUAUGGGAUGAAUUAAUACAACACAAUGAGGAAAUAAGAAAUGACAUUCGACGUCGCACAUCAACAAGACUGGUUGAAGGGACAUAUGGUUCCAUGGCACAACAAAGAGUCAGGGAAUCUGUAGUUAGACAGGGAUCAAUGGAUCAAGUGGAUGCUGGAGCUGCAACAAGUGGUAGUCGAGAGCAUUUAACUGCAACAGACGAACAGGACCCUCUGCUAGAGCAGUCACCCGGUGCCAAACGUUACUGGCCAGAUUCCUGGGAGAUGUCUUGUUGGCGCCCUUGCUGUGAUUCAAUCCUACGUUCAGAAAACUGGUUUACAAGGCUCUUGGCCAUGUUUUUUGUGGCACCAUUGACCAAUGUGACUGGUUUGAGUCUGUACUAUCAACUGUACCUGGUUGAAAUAUUUCACCUAAAAUUUAAAACAAAGCUGGGACACUAUUUAUUUAUGCCACUGAUUGUUAUGAUGAUGCUAUGUUUUUUUGCCCAAUGGAGAUUUGAUCAUGGCUGCUACACAUUGGCCAACACAGAAGUGAUUGUUUUGAAUGGAGCUGCUAUCUUAGCUUACAUUCUACUUUUCUGGUAUUGUUUGUGGGGAAUUAUCCAAAGAACACCUUGUAUGGGGCUUUUCAUGAUUGUGCCUUUGGCUGUCAUGUACAUUCUUGCAAACAUCACAUUUCAAAUGGCUGUGAAGAAUUCAACAGAUGACUUGAACUGUACAGCUUGUUGGAAUCAUACAAACCACCUGUCAAACCGCAUUAAAUAUUUUAAUGCAUUUGGGCUGAUGCACUGGUACUACAAUCCUGUCUUGUGGGUGCUUAUUUUGUGCUUGUGUCAAGCAGUCUCUCAUAGCUUUGAGCCCAAGAUUCCACCACGUGUUAAUCAGACUAACCACUGGAUGAGUUGAGAUAUAAUGUGUAAGACUUAUGGUUAUCCCAAGGUAUUGAUGAUUUUCCUGGCACAAGCUAUCUUUGGAACCAUUGAUGAGCUUCUGGCAUCCCCCAGGCUUCUUCCCCUGUUGAUACUGCGAGUUUGUUUCACUCUUGGGUACAGUCCAAAGGAAUGGAAAGUAUUGAAGAUAUUGGUUAAAAAGUCAUUACAAUAUGGGGACCCAGCAUUGGACUACAUUGGCACAGGUGGGGCAAGCUCUCUUCCUAAAGAUUCAGUGAUACCUGAAGUCUCAUUGUCUACAACUGGGACAAGUGGUGAAGCUCUGGAGAACUUUGAUAACAUUGGUUACAACAUAAGGAAACUAAAGAAAAGGUUACAAGAGAUGGAGUCCACACUUACUGACAGACAACGCAAAAUACUAACUGACCCCCGCACAAUCCAUUACAGUGCUGAUGACUGGCUAAAACACUAUAUUGUGGUAAGGCACUAUGUUGCAAAGUAUGAAUUACAAGUGCACGCAUAUGGCCCAUUUCGAUCAGGAAGAGAUAACAGGGAUGCUCCAUAUGACAAUAAUCGAAUGGAGAGAGACUUUCCCCUUACUAAGUACAGCAGCUUUAGAAAUUUCUUGCAACAGGUCCGUUUUCACCUCUGGUUGAUGGAGGAUGAGUUCAUAACAAAAAGAGCUAUAUCAGCAUGUUGUGAAAAAGAAAUUUAAUCAGUCAUUUCAGAUUGAGUCUGAUCACACUUUGGUAUGGUACCUGGAUAGUAUUUUAGUUCACUUUAUGGGGAAAUUUCUUUCUGAACGUCUGCUUUGAAGUAUUUCAACUGAUAGUUAGAUUGUUUUUAACUUAGAAGAGUAAAAAGGAUUUUUAUGGGAACCCUAUAAUUUUAUACUUGUUGUGGAUCUAGACAUCAAAUUUGAUGAAAAUCUUUCUUAUCAUCACAACAUAAAAUCUAACAAAAUAAUGAUCAUAGUAGAAAUCUUAUUGAGAUGAAAGAAUAUAGUGCUAUAUAUAUAAACUAGCUAAAUUUCCUUAGUAUGUUUCCAGUGUUGAAAUUCUAAAAAACUUUCAUCUUCCAUUUUAAGUUCAUUGCAACUUGACAAUGCAAAUUCAGUCUAAGCAAUUUUAGAGCAUAGUAUGCAUCAUCUCAUUGGUCACUUCAGUUUCCCUGCAGAUGCUCUAUCAGGUAUUAUAGUUCACCACUAAAUUUUCUCCAGUUCUUAUUGGUUUAAAUCGAUCACGUGGCACGAUAGUGUUCAUCCGUG